AUGGGUGCUCGCUGCUCCAAGCUCUCCGUCUGCUGGUGGCCUCCCCACUUCAAAUCACCGAUGCUCGAGAAUGGCGCCGCCGAGGAUGACGGCAGCGGCGUGCCGGUGUUCGCCGAGUACAGCCUCGACGAGCUCCGGGCGGCCACCGACGGCUUCGCCCCCGACCGCAUCGUGUCCGAGCACGGCGAGAAGGCGCCCAACGUGGUCUACCGCGGCACGCUCUUUAGUUCCGGCCGCACCGUCGCCAUCAAGCGAUUCGGUCGCUCCGCCUGGCCGGACUCGCGCCAGUUCCUGGAGGAGGCGAGGGCUGUUGGGCAGCUGCGCAGUGGUCGCCUGGCCAAUCUGAUCGGUUGCUGCUGCGAGAGCGGCGAGCGUCUCCUCGUCGCAGAGUUCAUGCCGCACGAGACCUUGGCAAAGCAUCUCUUCCACUGGGAGACAAAUCCAUUGGGUUGGGCAAUGAGGAUGAGGGCUGCGCUUUAUGUGGCACAGGCGUUGGACUACUGCAGUAGCAAAGGGAGGGCACUCUAUCAUGAUCUGCAUGCAUACAGGGUCGUCUUUGAUGUGGAUGGUAAUCCAAGACUAUCAUGUUUUGGUCUGAUGAAGAACAGCAGGGAUGGAAAGAGUUACAGUACUAAUUUGGCUUUCACGCCUCCUGAGUAUCUUAAGACAGGCAGAGUAAGUCCUGAGAGUGUGGUUUACAGUUUGGGCACUGUCUUGCUUGAUCUCCUGAGUGGAAAGCACAUUCCACCAAGUCAUGCACUCGACCUUAUAAGAGGAAAGAACUUUCUAGUGCUGAUGGAUUCUUGCUUGGAAGGUCAUGUAUCCAACUCCGAUGGAACUGACUUGAUGCGAUUAGCAUCCCGCUGCUUGCAAUAUGAAGCACGUGACCGGCCAAAUCUGAAAACUGUGGUAUCCGGUCUCGCAGGUCUCCAGAAAGAUGCAUCUACUCUGUCGCACACUUUGCUGGGGAUCCAACAUGAUAAGAAAAACUCAGAUCGAGUUUCCUUAUCCGCUAUUGGGAAAGCUUUUGCCAGAGCAGACCUGAAUGAGGUGCAUGAAAUAUUGCUGCAUGAUGGAUAUAAUGAGGACGACGCGGCUAAUGCUGAGCUAUCUCUCCAGUCAUGGAAUGGUGAUGUAUCUGAGAGCUUUGUUGUUAAGAGGCAUGCAGACAAUGCCUUUAAGUCUAAGGAAUUCGUGACUGCAAUUGAGUGUUACUCAAGGUUCCUCGACUCAGGCGCAGCGGUGGCUCCAACCAUGCUCGCGCGGAGAUGUUUCGCAUAUGUGGUGAUUGGCAACCCCCAGGAAGGCCUUGAGGAUGCAAAGAGAGCCGUGGUUAUUGCAUCCGACUGGCCGAUGGGACACUACCUGCAGGCCAUGGCACUUCAUAACCUGGGAAGGGAGGCUGAAAGCCAAGAAGCACUGAAGAUUGGCACUGCCUUGGAAGCUGCAAGGAAUAGUAGAGCUAGAUCUGUAUAG